AUUUGCCAGACUCGAAAAACUGUUGUUGUGAAUUUUGAGAAAAGAGAAGGCACUGACUGGCCGGUAGGGAAGCCGAAAUUUUAACCUCCCAUUUACGAGGCAUUAUCGUAUUGUAUUUGCGGCCUGAAGGCUGAGCAGUUAGGAAUGAUGGAUAUCCGACCAAAUCACACUAUCUAUGUGAACAAUCUCAAUGAGAAGGUUAAAAAAGAAGAGCUCAAGAAGUCUCUCUAUGCCAUUUUUUCUCAGUUUGGACCCAUUGUAGAUAUUGUUGCGCUCAAAACAUUGAAAAUGCGAGGACAAGCUUUUGUUAUCUUCAAAGAAAUAAAUAGUGCGACAAAUGCUCUUCGUUCCAUGCAGGGAUUCCCAUUUUAUGACAAACAAAUGAGAAUCCAAUACUGCAAAACAGAUUCUGACGUCAUCGCCAAAAUGAAGGGAACUUUCUCUGAACGACCAAAGAAAGUUAAGAAAGCACCAGUUGUUGCAGAGGAUUCUGCAGAUACAAAGAGACAAAAGAAGAAGGCUGCCAAAGAACAAGCAAGAAUACAGCAACAGAAUCCAGGGGCUCCAAAUAUGCUUGCCCCAGGCUUUGGAAAUGUUAUGGCUCCAGGUAUGAUGGCGGCAGUGCCUGAUCAACCUCCCAACCAGAUUCUUUUCCUCACUAAUCUACCUGAUGAGACAAACGAAAUGAUGCUGUCCAUGUUAUUCAAUCAGUUCCCUGGUUUCAAGGAAGUUCGUCUUGUACCAAACAGACAUGAUAUUGCCUUUGUUGAGUUUGAAAAUGAGAUGCAGUCUGCAGCUGCGAAGGAUGCACUACAAGGAUUUAAAAUUACGCCAUCACAUUCCAUGAAGAUUUCAUUUGCCAAGAAGUAGCA